AUGUUACCUACUCCAUCAAGAUCUCAUUACACCUUCAACUUGAGAGACUUGUCCAAAGUUUUCCAAGGUAUUCUUCAAUGCAACCCAAAGAAGAUUGUCAACCUUGAAGAUAUUUUGAAAUUAUGGACUCAUGAAAGCUCUAGAGUUUUCAAAGAUCGUUUAGUUGACAAUCAAGACAGAAAGAAAUUUGAAGAAAUCCAAGAAACUUUGCUUUCUAAAUAUUUCCCACAGGUGGACUCUAAAAGCAUUGUCAAAGAAAGAAUUAUCUAUUCUGAUAUUCUAAGUCAUGGAUCAGAGGUUAGAACUUAUGACUUUGUGCCUGACCAUCACGAAUUAUUUAAGGUUGUAAAUGAACAGUUAGAAUAUUACAACAAUAUGAACAGUGACAAGAAGAUGGAUUUAGUUUUAUUUUUGGAUGCUAUUGAGCAUAUUUGCAGAAUUGGAAGAAUUAUUAGACAACCUGGUGGAAAUGCUCUUUUACUCGGUGUAGGAGGAAGCGGUAGACAAAGUUUGACAAAGCUUGCAUGUGCCAUUGCAGAAUAUGAUUUGAUGCAGCUUGAAAUUAGAAAGUCUUUCAGUCUCAAAGAUUGGAAAGAAUUCCUUAAAUCUUUGCUGUUCAACGCUGGUAAAAAGCAUGGAAAGGGAGAGAAUACAGUAUUCUUGAUUGCUGAUACACAGCUUAUUUAUGAGUCAUUCCUGGAAGAUAUUAAUAACUUGCUGAACAGCGGUGAAGUUCCUAAUUUAUUUGAAACUCCUGAUUUAGAUGAAAUUUAUACAGCUAUGAAACCAAUUUGUGCUCUUGAAAAGCUGCCAGCAACACCUCUGUCUUGGUAUAACAGAUUUAUCAAGAGUGUAAAAGAUAACUUGCAUAUUGUGUUGGCAAUGAGUCCAAUUGGUGAAACAUUUAGAAGCAGGCUAAGAAUGUUUCCAUCAUUGGUCAAUUGUUGCACAAUUGAUUGGUUUAGUGAAUGGCCAAAAGAUGCCUUGCUAAGUGUCGCAAAUGAAAAACUUGCUAACCUUAAACUCAUUUCUGUUUCGGAGCAUGACUCUCAAGAACAUCAAGAUGAACUAAGAGAACAAGAGGAACAAUUGAAGGAAAAAGUCAAUCAAAUGUUUGUUUUCAUCCAUCAAUCUGUUGAAAAAGGCUCAAUUGAUUAUUUAAGACAAGCUGGAAGAACAAACUACGUCACUCCUACCAGUUAUUUAGAACUUCUCACUUCCUUUAAUAACAUUAUGGAUGUUAACAGAAAGAAUCUCGAGAAAGAAAAACGAAAUUUACAGAUAGGACUUAAAAUUUUGAAAGAAACAGAAGAAUAUGUUCACAAGCUUCAGGAAGAUUUGAAAGUCAAAAGACCACAGCUGGAUAGAACAAGAAUUGAAAUUGAAAAGAACAUGGAAACUUUGAAUAUUGAAAGAGAAGAGGCGCAAAAAACUCAGGAGAUUGCAAAGGUUGAGGAUGCAGAAGCCAAACAAAUUGAAAGCGAGGCAAAAAGCAUGAAACAAUCUGCAGAGGAAGAAUUGAGUCAGGUUGAACCUCUAUUAGAAAAGGCUGUAGAAACUGUCAAGAACAUCAAAGUCAAUCAAAUUCGUGAAGUUGCUAACUACAAAGUUCCUCCAGCGGGUGCUCUUAAAGUUCUAGAGGCAGUUUUAAUUAUGUUUGGAGAAACUCAGGGUGUCAAGAAGGUUAAAGAUGGUGUGACAUAUUAUGAUUGGUGGGAAAGCGCUAAAACGUAUCUCAACAACGCCACCAAACUUAAAGAUGAUAUGAUUGGAUAUGACAAGGAAAACAUUCAAGAAGCUAUUAUCAGAAGAAUCACAAAAUACUACAAUGAUCCUGAAUUCCAAGUGGCCAGAGUGAAGGAAAUUUCGUUGGCUCUUGUAGCUAUGUGCCAAUGGGUGAGAGCAAUGUAUGACUUUUAUUGGGUAAAUAAGGAAGUCGAACCAAAGAGACAAAAGGCAAGAGAAGCAGAAGCACAAUGGGCCGUUGCAAGACAAAAAGCAGAUGAAUCCAACAGAAAACUUGCCGAAGUGAUUAAAAAGCUUCAAGAGCUUGAAGAUGCCAAUGCUAGAGCUCUAAAAGAAAAGGAAGAGUUAGAAACAAUGAUUGAUAUUUGCGAGAAAAAGCUUGAACGUGCUUCCAAGCUUCUUGAUGGACUUUCCGAUGAAAAAGUAAGAUGGCAAGAAAUGCUCGAAAACUAUGAACGCCAACAAAAGGAUAUGUUGGGUAACAUGAUUAUCAACGCUGGUACCGUUGCAUAUUUGGGAGCUUUCACUAAACCAUUCAGAGAAAGACUUGUGAAAGAAUGGAUCAAAGAACUUGCAAAACAAAACAUUCCAUUUACUGAGAAUACAGAUGUUUAUCACUCAUUGGGAGAUCCAAUUGCCAUUAGAAUUUGGAAUCAGUAUGGAUUACCUUCAGACAAGCUUUCCAUUGAAAAUGCUAUCAUUUUGAAUAAUUCUCGAAGAUGGCCUCUCAUGAUUGAUCCUCAGCUGCAAGCUGCCAAUUGGAUUAAAAACAUGGAGAAGGAAAAGGGUCUAAAAGUAUUGAGUAUGACAAAGAAGGAUUACCUAAGUGAACUGGUUAGAGCUGUACAAUUUGGUAAUCCUGUUUUGAUUGAAAAUGUCGGAGAAGAUUUGGAUCCUGCAAUUGAACCAAUUUUAUUGAAGCAAACAUUUGGUACACCAGGCAACCUUUACAUUAAGAUUGGUGAAGAAACGAUACCAUACAGCAAUGACUUUAGACUGUAUAUGUGUACAAAGAUCAGAAAUCCAAAGUACACACCAGAGACAUGUGUAAAGGUAACAUUACUCAACUUUUUCAUUACUCCUCAAGGUUUAGAAGACCAAUUACUUGCAGAAGUUGUAAAAAUGGAAAGACCAGAAUUGCAGCGCCUCAAAACAGAUCUUAUGCAGAAAAAUUCAAAGAUGAGAAAAGACUUGAAGGAGCUACAACAAAAUAUUCUAAAAAUGCUUUCCGAAAACACUGGAGAUAUUCUUGAAAAUGAAAAGUUAAUUAAUGCAUUGGGUGAGUCAAAGAUUGCAAGUAAGUCUAUCCAAGAAAAAGUCGAGGAAGCAGAAACCACAGAAAGAGAAAUCGAUGUCACUCGUAACAAGUAUAGGCCUGUUGCAGAAAGAGGAUCAUUGCUCUUCUUCUGCGCUUCAGACAUGACUAACGUUGAUCCCAUGUAUCAAUAUUCGUUGCAAUGGUUUAUUCAACUUUACAAGCAGGUCAUUGAAACAAGCGAACAAAAUGAUGACUUGAAUGUUCGUUUGCAGACCCUUAUCUACAACCAUACUUUGUCCUUAUACAAUAACGUUUGUCAGUCACUGUUCGAAAAAGAUAAGCUCCUGUUCUCAUUCGUACUUUGCAUUAGAAUUAUGCAAGGAAGAAAUGAGAUUGAUGAACAUGAAUGGAGACAUUUCUUGACAGGAGGUAUUAAGACGGAUGAAGAUGAAAAAGAUAUUGCAAGAAAACCAACUGGAGCCACCUGGGUAACUGAUAAUUGUUGGAGCGAUGUUGUCCUAUUGAACAAACUUCAUACAUUUACGGGAUUUUUGGAAUCAUUUAUUCAAAAUAUUAAUGAGUUUAAGGCAUUCUUUGAAGAUUCUAAACCAAACAUGCUACCAAUCCCAGCAGGAUGGAAUGACAAACUUACAGAUUUCCAAAGAAUCAUGGCACUCAAAGUUAUAAGACCAGAUAAGGUGAUUGAAAGCAUACAGGCAUUUGUAGAGAAAAAAUUAGAUAAGAACUUUGUCACUCCUCCUCGUUUCGAUUUAAGCCGAUCCUUCAAAGAUUCUAAUUGUGUAACACCACUGAUUUUCAUUUUGUCUCAAGGCGCAGAUCCAAAGUCUGAGCUCAACAAAUUUGCCGAACAUAUGCGAGUAAGACAGUUGUUGAGUGUUUCGCUUGGUUCUGGAACAGAGAAUGCUGCCAAACAAGCCGUCAAGGAUGCCAUUCAAAAUGGAAGUUGGGUUAUUUUGCAAAAUUGUCACUUAGCUCUUGGAUUUAUGCCAAUGUUAGAACAAAUUGUUGAGGGAUUCUCAAUUGAACAAAAUCAUGCAGACUUUAGAUUAUGGCUAACGAGUAUGCCAACACCAAAGUUUCCUGUAUCUGUUCUACAAAACAGUGUCAAGAUGACGUUGGAACCUCCUAAAGGUUUGGCAACCAAUCUGAAGGGAUCCUUCGAUAACUACAGUGAUGACUUUAUGCAACAUCCAACAAAGCCAAUGGAAUUCAAAAAGCUUUUGUUCUCUCUCACAUUCUUCCAUGCUGUUAUUCAAGAACGUAGAAAGUUUGGUCCUUUAGGAUGGAAUAUAUUCUACGAAUUCACUAAUGGUGACUUGGAUGUUUGUAUCAAGCAACUAAGGAUAUUCCUCGAAAAGUACGAUGAAAUUCCAUACAAGGUGAUAAAGUUUUUAACUGGUCAAAUCAAUUAUGGUGGACGUGUCACUGAUGACUGGGACAGAAGAUAUUUAAUGACAAUGAUUGAAGAUUUCAUUACACCAAAGGUUCUCAAAGAUGGUUACAGAUUCACUGAAUCUCUCAAUGAAUAUCAGUCUAUUCCAGCAAGAGAAUAUGCCAGCUACAAACAAUAUUUGGAUACUCUUCCAAACGUUUCCCAUCCAGAGAUAUUUGGCUUGCAUGAAAAUGCUGAAAUUACAUACAAUACUUCAGAAUUAGCCAAUGUGACUGAAACAAUUCUUGCUAUAGAAGGAAGUGGUGGAAAAGUAUCUGAUGAUAAGGACAUGGUUGUCAGCACCAUUGCAAAUGAUAUUCUCAGUAAGCUUCCACAAACAUUCGAUGCUGAGCAUGUCAACAAAAAGUAUCCAACGGAUUACAAUGAAAGUAUGAAUACUGUGAUCACUCAAGAGGUGACAAGAUAUAACAAGCUUCUCAAAGAUGUUAGAGAGUCUUUACAAAAUGUUCUUAAAGCACUCAAAGGACAGGUAGUCAUGUCCGCUCAGUUAGAAGGUGUUGCGAACUCAUUGUACAACAAUUAUGUUCCUGAUUUAUGGUCGAAAGCUUAUCCAUCCAUGAUGCCUUUGAGUGAAUGGGUUCUUGACUUCCUCAAGCGUUUAGAUUUCAUUCGAGACUGGAUUGAGAAUGGAAUUCCAAAUGUUUUUUGGAUUAAUGGAUUUUUCUUCCCACAAGGUUUCCUUACUGGCCAAUUACAAAACUAUGCAAGAAAGUAUCAAAUUGCAAUCGAUCAAAUUUCCUUCUCUUUCAAGGUAUUAACCAAGGAAGAAGAAGAGCAAGCCAGACGCAAGAAGCCAGAAGAUGGAUGUUAUAUUAAGGGCCUCUACAUGGAAGGAGCAAGAUGGGACAGAGAAAAUGAAUGUGUUGCUGAAUCAAAUCCAAAAGAAUUGUAUUCUGAAAUGCCUAUCAUUUGGUUUAAACCAGUGGCAAACAAGCAAAUUCAAAAAGAAGGAUAUUAUGAAUGUCCAGUCUACAAGACUCUCAGAAGAGCAGGUACACUCAGUACCACAGGUCACUCGACCAAUUUUGUUCUUUCGAUUGAUUUACCAUCGAAGAAACCUGGAGAACAUUGGAUCAAGAGAGGUGUCGCUUUGAUAUGUGCUUUGAAAUAUGUGACGAACUAA